GAAGAAGGACAGUCGUGGUAUGUCUCUGCAUGGAACGCAGACAAACAGGAGGUACUAGACAAGAGUGCCUGCAUCGAUGCUUCAGGAGCGUCCCCCGAGAGUGGUAAACUGAUUACCAUGGCUAUCCUCGGAGUUCCUACCCAGUACAUAAAACAAGUUGAGGUACUGUGUGAGAAGUUGAAGGAUCAAGGACUCUUGGUGCACGAGGAGCAGGGCAAGAAAUGCAUCUCGUGGAGAGCCCCGAUCAAGAAAGAUUUGAUUCCGACAGUGGAUGAAAUCCCAGUCGUGGCAACACUCCAAUUGAACGACGCAGCAGAACUGCUGUGGAAAGGACAGACGAACUUCAGGAUCGACGGAAAGAUGAUCCGCGCGGUGAACGCGCAUUCGAAGCAUCCUUGUUCCUUCAAGAUAAGGCCACAGAAGGAUAAGCACUCUGGCAAGGCGGGGGCCCUAGCUGAGUUCUCUCACCUCCUCAAGAUGAAUCAUGGCAUGAACUCAGCUGGGAUUACGGAGAUCUAUCGUCAACACCUGCUGCAACAAGGAAUAGCUGUGUUGGAGGUGCAGCCGGAAGCGGGCAUGCAGCUAGAGGUCAAGACGAAGAGGAGACCUCAAGGUCAGCCCAACAAACGCACUUGGAAGAGAGAUCGAUUGGAUUGCGAGAUGCUCUUCGACGGACGUCCUGAGCACCACGCUACGGAUGUUUGAGGGAGACGACAGGAAUGGAGGAAGCAUACACCUCGGACUGAUGUC